AUGGCGGACUUGGAAGCCGUUCUGGCUGAUGUCAGUUAUCUGAUGGCUAUGGAGAAGAGCCGAAGUCAGCCAGCGGCACGUGCAAGCAAACGAAUAGUGCUUCCUGAUCCAAGUGUGCGAAGCAUCAUGCAAAAAUAUCUCGAGAAAACCGGUGAAAUCAAAUUCGAGAAGAUCUUCAAUCAGAAACUUGGCUUUCUUUUGCUAAAAGAUUUCGCGGAGAAUGUGACAGAAAACGCCUGUCCUCAAAUUAAAUUCUAUGAAGCGAUCAAGGAAUACGAAAAGAUGGAGACACCUGAGGAGCGACUGACGAAGGCACGCGAGAUCUACGAUCACCACAUCAUGGUCGAGAUGCUCGCCCACGCACAUAAUUACUCGAAGGACUCACUACAACAUGUGCAAUAUCAUCUACUUAAGGGGAAUGUUCCUCCUGAUUUAUUCCAGAGGUACGUGAUAGAGAUAUGCGAUCAGCUGAAGGGCGACAUCUUUCAAAAGUUCCUAGAGAGCGAUAAAUUCACUCGAUUCUGUCAAUGGAAGAACCUGGAGCUCAACAUGCAACUGACGAUGAACGACUUCUCCGUGCACCGAAUUAUCGGCCGAGGAGGAUUCGGAGAGGUGUACGGCUGUCGAAAAGCAGACACUGGGAAAAUGUAUGCUAUGAAAUGCUUGGAUAAGAAGAGAAUCAAGAUGAAGCAGGGCGAGACGCUCGCACUUAACGAACGCAUCAUGCUCAGCCUCGUUUCUACAGGACAAGACUGCCCCUUCAUUGUAUGCAUGACGUAUGCAUUUCAAUCUCCAGACAAGCUCUGCUUCAUCCUGGACCUUAUGAAUGGCGGAGACCUUCAUUAUCAUCUCUCGCAGCAUGGCGUCUUCACCGAACAGGAGAUGUUGUUCUAUGCAUCAGAAGUGAUUUUGGGUCUUGAACAUAUGCACAAUCGUUACGUAGUGUACCGAGAUCUGAAACCCGCCAAUAUCCUCCUUGACGAAAAUGGUCACGUUCGUGUUUCGGAUCUCGGCCUUGCCUGCGACUUCUCGAAAAAGAAACCACACGCCAGCGUUGGGACUCAUGGCUACAUGGCACCGGAAGUGUUGGCUAAGGGAGUCGCGUAUGACUCUUCUGCUGACUGGUUCUCGCUCGGUUGCAUGCUCUACAAACUCCUUAAGGGGCACUCUCCAUUUCGACAGCACAAAAGCAAGGAUAAGAAUGAAAUCGACAAGAUGACGCUAACGCAAGACAUAGAGCUGCCUAAUGAAGGUCUGUCACCAGAAUGUCGUGAUCUCUUGGAGGGACUCCUGAAGCGAGAUGUUCCGGAUAGGCUUGGAUGCAGGGGAAGAGGGCCUUCCGAAGUGAAGGAGCAUGCCUUCUUCCGUGACGUUGACUGGCAGACAGUGUAUUUACGGCGUAUGACUCCACCUUUGAUUCCUCCACGAGGAGAAGUGAACGCCGCUGAUGCUUUCGACAUUGGCAACUUUGACGACGACGAAGUGAAGGGCGUAAAGUUGGCUGACUCUGACAGCGAACUCUACAAGAAUUUCAACAUUGUCAUUUCCGAACGAUGGCAAAAUGAAAUAGCGGAAACGAUAUUUGAGGUAGUCAACCAGGAUGCAGAUAAGGCAGAGAGCAAGAAGAGAUCGAAACAAAAGGCAAAGAUGAACGUCGACGAGAAAGACUCGGAUGUAAUUGUGCACGGGUACAUUAAAAAACUGGGCGGCCCCUUCACAUCCGCUUGGCAGACGCGAUACGGGAAGCUGUAUCCAUCAAGGCUGGAGCUCUACCCAGAGUCGCUUAGCGGAAAACCGGAGCUGGUGUUUAUGGACCAGAUAGAAGACGUGUGCGCCGACUUGCAAACAGUCAAAGGAGAAAACGCCAUUGUAGUCAAACUACGAGAUGGAUUCAAGGAGCCACGGAUCAGUUUAACCAACUCGGAUGAAAUAUCGCUCAAAGAAUGGCACACGUCGCUACGGACAGCGCACAAAGUGUCGUCGGAACUUCUGCAACGAAUGGGACGAAAAGCGAUCAAGAUCUACGGAGUGAAUCACGAUCCAAUGCUGAACGAGGCCGAUCGACCCGCGUCCGUCUCCAAGUACAUGAAUAGAGCGUCGAGUGUCGACUCGACCGUCUGA